AUGUCGGUCCACCCACCGGCGCACUUCUUCGGUCUCUUUCUCACGGACGAGGCCCAGCGCGCGGUGUGGCGCGCGGUGAAAGACCUCGUGGGAACGUCGUGUGAACCCCCCGGGACGAAGCGCGCCGGAGAUCACGUGACGCUGCUGUACGAACCGGAAGGAGAUGAUUUGGAAACGUGCAUGGCUUUGACGCGAAACGCGCGCGGGAUGGACGACAUGCGGGUGAGAGCGACGCACGCGUGCGCGCGGGAGAAGAGCUUGGUGCUGUGUGUUUCGAUGGAUUUGUUGCCGAGCUUGGUGCCGUAUCCGACGAGCGCGUACCCGCACGUGAGUGUUUUCUGCCCGACGGAGGACGCGUGGAGCGAUUUAGGACGGUUGGCGGCGGAGGAUUACGCGAACGGAAACGCGUUGGAUUUAGCGGCGAUCGGUGAAGAUUUGGAUUUGGAGGUGAGAUUGGGAGUGAAGUUUCGUAACGGGGCGAUUUACUUCGGUGAAGACGAUUGGGAUGGGGGGGAGAGUAAGGAGGAGAGUUCGGGGACGCGGCCGGUUGGAUUGGAGUCGCCGUGUGAGGCCGAGCUGAGCGUGGGGCGAGAGACGGCGGCGUCGCGAGCGACUUCGAUGGGUUCGGAGUACGCGGUGCGAACAGCGGAGACGCCACCGAUGAGGGAGCAACCGGGGCCGUCGUCGAGCAGAAGGGAGCUGAAUGAGGAAGAGAAGAAGAAUAAGAUUCGGCGUGAAUAUCUUCAGCUGUGCGAAAUGUUCGAGGUGCAUCAUCCGGAGUUGGUGAAGACGACGUUCGUGAAGCACGGUUUUGACAUGGAGAAGACGGCACAGGAUCUCUUGACGCAGAUGACACUGGACACGGAAGGCUUUUGCGACGAAGUCGAUUACUAUGAUGAUUAUGAAGAGGAAGAUUACUACGAGGAAGAUUACGAGAACGAAUUCGUCACGGACGACAAGAAGCACGCGAUGCAAGAGCGAAAAGCCGUGGACAUAUCACUCAACCAAGGUAUGCUAGACGAUUGGAAGGCGCGGAACGAGGCGCGAGGAAGAGAGGAGGCGCGACGAAAGGAGGCGCGGAACAACGAACAGGCAGACGCGGUCAAGCGCGCAUUGUUCGCUGGCGGCGCGGCGUUGCAUAGCAAUCUUCGUCCGAACUACAACAACGGUACCGAGGUCGGUCUCGCCGCGCGGCGGUGGCGGACGCUCCAAGGCCCGGGCGCGGAGACGGUUCGCGCCAGGAAGUAUGCUAAGGAUUCGAAGGUAGCGUCCUGGCAGCACUCUCGUCUCAGAGACCUCUCCGAGGAGUUGGCUCGUCUGAAGUUGCGACGCGAUCGCGGUGAUAGAGAGGCGGCUGAGAAGAUUCAACAGAAAAUUAUCCUUCGAGAAGCCAUCAAGGACCUGGGUCGAGCCUCGGACGAGCCUGAGCCAGAGGUUGACGCCAGAUAUAACCGCGUCCUUGAUUUCCACGGAUACGAUCGCAUGUCCGCCAUCGCGUACCUUGAGCGCGAAUUGAUCAGUUGCGCCCCGAUGUUGACGAGCGAUUGGACGAUGAAGCUCAUCACGGGGAGAGGCAAACAUAGCAUGGGUGGGCGCGUGAUCCACGGUGAGAUCAUGCGUAGGUUGCGUCGUUACGGCAUUGCCUUCGAAGAGUACACCGCGCACAUCAUAAUCCGCGCAUCAGCGAGCAUCACUGGCCAAUGA